GCGCGUUUUUGUCCUCUCGCGCUGCAUGGCGGGAAGGGGUCAAUUACAGUAAACAGUUGCGGUAGUGAAAAUCAGUCAAAUUUUCAUGCCGAGUUUUUCACCAAAACUUGGAAUUCUGCGGGGACGUAGCGAGCUGUCCCGGCGGCAUGGCUCGCCCCGUGUCCCGCCACGGCGGCAGGAGGCAGUACGGCAGGUCGCCGAUGGCUCCCACGGGCUCCGAGGCGGGCGGAAACCUGAUGUUCCCCGAUUCGCCCUCCCCAAGUUACGGUGGUGAGUUCAUCCCCAGCCCCCCUCCCACAGAACGCCCGUCCAGCCGGCGCAGGGGGCGGAUCCACGACCCUGCCGACCCCAACGCCAGCCCCACGGCCACACCUAACAACACCCCGGAAACCGGACACGUCCGCAAGAUGCGCCCAAGGUCAGCCAAAGGUCGUCCGCGCCCAGGGUCAGCGAGGAGUCCGGAAAUGUCAGGAAGUCCGAUAUCCGCGUCGCCUCCGAUGCACGGGUCGCCCAUUAUGCGCCCGUCUUCAAGAGAGGAUUCUGGGAUAGACAUCCUGGCUCUUAGUCCCCCAGCCAGGCCGACCUCUGCCUUGUCAAGGUACCGAGUUUUACCUUCCAUUGGCCCCAGGCCAGGGACUGCAUCAGAGGACGGUGGGGUCGACGGCCUCUCUCAUGGAAUGGAUCACAUGACUCUGGCCGGCCAAUCAGGACACUCCGCGGGAGAGCCACGGAAACGCCACAGGAAGCGGUCCACGGAAGAGGAGACCUACCCACAAUCCUCCUCUUCCCAACGGACCAAUCAGAGCACGGAAGACUUAAGAAGGAAAAACAGGAACGAAAGUAGACUUCAAGAUAAGCCAAAACCACAUCCCAGAACAGUAAGAACACAUCAAACAGAGGUAAGAGUGCAGGAUGAAGAUGAAGAAGAAAAAAGAUUUGAAGCAAAGCGUCAAAAUGAGGAAGCUGCACAGACUCCGGCACGACCGGUAAGCGCCACGUGGCUGGCCAGAAUCCCCGUCCCUCGCGAGCCGGGGGUCAACCAGGACAGGCUACUGCUCGCGCUCAAGCUCCCCGGGGGUCAGAGGUUGCAGCGGCACUUUCACACGAGCGACACCCUCGGCGGAAUCCUGGCGUACGCGCAGACUCAGACGGAUCAGAAACUCGGAACGUGCGAGAUCGCCGUUCAAGGGACGCCACAGAGGCUGUUCACCUCAUCUGACUUUAAAAAGACGAUCGCUGAGGCGGAAAUUAGCGAUAAAACGGUUUUGUACAUCCAGGCUGAUGAGGAGGAGGAAGAGGAGGAGGAUGGGAUGUAGUUGUCAUGGCGACACAGGCCAGAGCAGCCAUUGGUUGAUUCAGGAACAGGCUUGCCACUAUUUGGGUGUACAUAUUGAGGUUGUAGAUACUGUAUUAAUUUGUGCAUAGAAAA